AUGAAAAAUGGGGUGGAGGAAGUUCGGACCAAUGUCUUUUGCAAACUUGCAGACGAUCUCAUCAAGGGAGAGGUUUACGCAAUACCUAAAUAUUUGGAGAACUGUAGGUUCCUUCCUAAGCUUAACAAUGAAAAACCUGGUCAGAGGAAUUCCACUUACAAGAAAAGAUUUAGUAGCUUAGAGAAUUUGGUACUUAUAAUGUUUGAGCAGGACGCAACUUUAAUCCCGAAAGAAACAUCGUGGUUUGGUUAUUAUCCAGAUGGCUUCUUCGAGCCAAUUUUACCGUCGCUAGAGACAAAACUUUACACUGAAGACUGGAUUGGCUUAAAAGCUUUAGACGAAGCUGGUCGUGUCCAUUUCAUUAGCAUUCCAGGAUAUCAUCUGGAAAUAUUCGAAGCAGAUAUAAAGAAACAUGUAGUACCAUAUUUGAACGGCCAAAUAUCAUGAUAUACAUUGUUGGUCUAUGUGUUCUUCUGAUACUCAUAUCCAUCCAUUGUUGGAAUGUAUUGCUAAAAAAUAUUAGAAACUUGCUACAUUUAUUUAUGAUGGAUAAAAAUCAUUAUCCUAAAAAAACUGAAUCUGAGUCCUCUUCUCCAACUGUAGGCUGUAGCAAUCUAGUUGGGAUCAAUAUCUUAUUCUUGCUUGCUUCAAAAAAUGAAAACUAUCUUUCUAUCUCCAAUUGAAAUUCUUUGUAUUGGAA